CUGGGACGUUGGAGCUCAGAGAAACGUUUUACUCUGGCAUUAAGCUGCAGACGUUCAAACAACUAUACAUUGUAUUCGCAAGAAACACAUUCUUACAGAAGACUAAACUUGGGGUUUUACUGCUCUUCGGUUUUGCUUUGGCGCAGGUCGGCCGCGUGCGCAAUGAUGGCAACUUACCCGGGCCCUGAGGAUAGCGCCAUGAUCCUCAUGGACACCAACUCGACGGAGAAAGACAGGACCAAAGACGACCCACAGCCCGAGAAGUUACCGGAAAAGUCUGACCCGACCCAGAAACCUCCGUAUUCCUACGUGGCGUUGAUCGCGAUGGCGAUCCGCGAGAGCUCGGAGAAGCGUCUCACGCUCUCCGGUAUCUACCAGUACAUCAUCUCCAAGUUCCCUUUCUACGAGAAAAACAGGAAGGGAUGGCAGAACAGCAUCCGACACAACCUGUCUCUCAACGAGUGCUUCAUCAAAGUGCCAAGGGAAGGUGGAGGAGAACGCAAAGGCAACUAUUGGACGCUGGACCCGGCGUGCGAGGACAUGUUCGAGAAAGGCAACUACCGGCGGAGACGGCGCAUGAAGAGACCGUUCAGGCCUCCGCCGACGCAUUUCCAGCCCGGUAAAUCUCUGUUCGGCGGUGAUGGGUACGGCUACCUGUCCCCGCCCAAAUACCUGCAGUCGGGGUUCCUAAACAACUCCUGGUCUCCUGCGCCAAUGCCCUAUACCUCCUGUCAGAUGAGCAGCGGGAACGUGAGUCCCGUUAACGUCAAAGGCCUGUCCGCGCCGUCCUCGUACAAUCCGUACUCGCGCGUGCAGAGCAUGGCUCUCCCGAGCAUGGUGAACUCUUACAACGGCAUGGGUCACCAUCAUCAUCAUCAUCACCACCACGCGCAUCCGCACGGCCUCCCGCACGCGCAGCAGCUAAGUCCCGCCACGGCCGCCCCUCCUCCGGUGUCCACGGGUAACGGAACGGGGCUGCAGUUUGCCUGCUCGCGGCAGCCCACCGAGCUCUCCCUGAUGCACUGUUCGUACUGGGAGCACGAGAGCAAACACUCAGCACUGCAGGCGCGGAUUGAUAUAUAGAGACCAAAGUCUCCAUGCUUAAAAACAAUACGAGAUGGUGAUCUAGUCGGAGUUUAAAUCCAUAGAUUUAAGGCAACACACUCAAAUGGAUCAAAAAGAAUGCGCGCCUGCGGUGUGGGACAUUUCUAACAAGUUGGAUUAUGUGGUUUAAAUUUUCCUCCACGUGAGAUUUGCUGGACAUAUGUAUAAACUGUACAGUCUUGUCAUGUGUGAUGGCCAGCAGAUUGAAGGCACCGACAUCUGGAUUUACAAAUCAUGUUUACCUGAAUCCCUUCUCAGCGUGCUGUCAGUGACUUUGGAAAGACUGGGUUCUGGACCAACAUUUUAUUUUCUUUGCUUUUGAAUGUUUAAGGACACGGUGGAGUUCAGAACGGGUAGUUAAACUGAAGCAUGGAGGGGACGCAUGUACACGCUCACACCUGUGUUUUGGUUCUUUGUUUUCGCGCGUAGGGCCCUUGAUGCAGGGUCUACAGGGGUCAGCGCACGUGACGGCUUGUUCGGACUAUUUUGUAUGUACUUUUUUAUCAAUAUGAAAUAUGUUUAAAUGACAAAAGGGACCAUGUUUAACUAGCACUUUUCAAUCUUUUUUUCUUUUUAUAGGUCAAGCUUUUUAUCUUUUAAUAAACUUUUUGUCAACGUAA